ACCUUCUCCCCUCGUUCGUUCGAUAUCAAUUCAUUCAUUAAUGGCUUGAGCUUCCUCUCACUAGUUUUUCAUUAAUGGCUUCACCUUCCUCUCUUUUAAUUCAUUCAUAUUGGUUUUUGUGAUUCUUCUCUCAGAUCUUAUUUCGUGGAGUUGCUUCAUCAUUCUAUACGGUUUCCAUGCCUACAUAAUUUGUGUGUGAAUCAAUCAUCUAAUUCUGUAUUUUCUUUGAAUCUUCUAUCAUGAUUUGUCAGUUUUUAGAUCUAGUUUUAGUUAUGUUUUAAAAGUCAAUUACCUUAAACCAAAACAUAUAUCAUUGAACUUUGGUUUAUGUACAUGUAAACGAUCUUAUGUGUUUUGAAACAAAAUUAUCUUAAGGUAACUUUUGAUUAGUUUUAGUUGUUAAUUAUGAUAUAAUCCGAUAAAUAAACCAUGCAUUCACAUAUUUAGAGUAUUAUUAUCUGUAUAUAUUAUCCGUCUUCUCUUCGAUCUCAAUUGUCAUUUGUGAUUUGGAUUUCCAACUUCCAUGGAAAAGAUGCAUCAUUUUUAUAAGUCAAUUAGUACCUUAAUUUGCUAUACGUCUAAGUAAAAUGGCAACGUCACAUCUGAUAAUGUAUGUGUUACAUUUUAAAUUUUAACCGGUUCAUUGGUAUGUUAUUAGAUUCAAAUUGUAGUUAUUUAUUUUGGGAAACAAACUCCUCUUCCAAAGGGUUAUUCAAAAAAUCAUGCUUAGGAAGCAUAUAUAUACACUGCUAAGAAGCACUGGGCUGUUGUUCGGAGGAAACAUAAUGAAAGGGGGCUGUGCAUUAGGAAGGAUGUUGAUUGUCAUUAUCCUUAAUAAUGAAUAACAUUGGUUAGGAGAUGUUGAUCCUCAAUAUCCUUACUAAUGAAUGAUAAUGAGGAUGGGUAUUUGGAAGGCUGUUGGGCGAGUGAUUAUGAAGUUGGCGAGGAGGGAGCCUGCGUCAUCUCCAGAGCCCAACAAACUUUUGAUGGAGUUUCUUCAUAAUUUCCUAAUUGUGGGGAGGAUCUCCUUCAAUGAAUAGGCACACACAAGAACUGCCAAUAUUUAAAAGUACAGAAAUAUGACAAAAUGAGCUUCGGAGUCCGUAAUAUUGUCAAAAUUAGGCUUAGGAGCCGGCUGGUCGGGUAGGUUAUACAUUGCCGGGCUGGCUCCGCCUCUGUCAUAAUGGUAAUGUUGGUGAUUUGGAUUUCAAACUUCCAUAGAGAAGAUGCAUCAUUUUCAAUAGUCAAAUAGUACCUUAAUUUGCUAUGUCUUUGUUAACAAGUAUAAUGACAUGCCUUGUUGCUGAUAAUUCAUGCGUUACUUUCUGGAUAACUUUGUUUUUUCUUUGUUUCUUUUAUGAAUGCACAAAAUGUAUUUUCUUUUGGUUCAUUGUUGUGUUAUUAGAUUAAAAUUGUUUAUCUUUUGAACAAACUAGCUAACGGUAUCCUCUUCAAAAGAGUGAUUCAAAAAGCAUGCUUAGGAAGCAUAUGGUCAUUUCUUAGGCUCAUUUGAUGAUUUAUGAGUUUGUUACUAUUAUGCUUUUGUCGUGAUUUUGAAGCUUAGAAUCAUUUUUGGGCCAUUGUUCUGAACAAGACAAAUGGGGUUGUGCGUUGGGGGAAGGAUGUUGAUUGUUUACGAAUAUUGAGCAAGGUUUUAGAUCAUCAAUAUCCUUGUUUACGAAUGAUAAUGAGGGACGAACAUGGAGAAGGUGUAGAGUGAAUGAUAAAGAAGUUGGCAUGGAAGGUAGUCUCUUUAAAAAUUUUCUGGGCGAUAGCUUUCAUAACCUACAACUGUAAACCCCACUUGACCAUAUGCCCACCCAGGUAUGUCAGCUUUAGGUUGGGGCUUAUUGGUGAUGAACAUCUAGGUGUUGGUAGGCAUGUAUAAUUAUGUUGUUGCCAGGGCGGAAGUAGCCUGACUUCCCCUAGUUGAAGUCACUCCCAAAGCCCAAGAAACUUGUGAUGGAUUGCUUCACUUCCUUGGCUAUUUUAUGAGUAAACUUUGUUUAUUUUUUGAAUCCAAAUUUAAUUAGGAUUUACAUCUAGGUUCAAGUUUUAGAAUCCAAUUUUAUUUAUUAAAUAUUUAGUUCAAUUUAUGUUAUCUUGAAAUUUAAUAUUAAACUCUGAUGUUAGAUUCCAUCAUCAUCGACUCCGUGUACGUGUAACUGAUUAUGAGUUAUUUGUUUCGAAACAAAAUUCACCACUAUCUUCAGGUAAUUUGUGAUUAGUUUUCCUGGUUUCAGAAAAAAGAAUUUCUAUCUUUUCUUUCUAUGCACAAAAUAUCAACUGCUUGAUCGGUGACAUUUUUGUUUCCCUUUUUAUUUUUGUCCCUUAAAAGGUAGGAAGGGUGAUUGGUAAUCAUCCUAUUUUUCCAUUUAUUUUAUUUUGUCAGUUGUUUUGGUAAUUAUCCUCUCUCUUCUGAAGGGUGAUUCAAAAAAGCAUGCGUGCUUAGGAAGCAUAACGAGCAUUUGGUAGGGGUUGGGUGAGUGAUAAUGAAGAGUGGUGUCUUCAAAAUUCGUCUCGGCGAUAGCUUUCAUGGUCACGACUGCAAAUCCCAUUUUGAGUUUGCCCACCCAGGUAUGUCAGGUUUUGGUUGGAAGUUAUUCAAAUUUUUCAUGUCCAACAUUAUAAAUAUAUUUUACAGUGCCGCAUGGAAAUGGUCAUGCCGUUAUAUUUCAUCAUCAUUGCCCAUGGCCCAUUAUUAUAUGGGCCAUGGGUAAUGUAGAAUGAUGCAUAUGCUAUAUUUCAACAUCAUUGCCUCUUAUUUGUUUUGAAACAAAUUAACUGUCAUCUUAAGGUAAUUAUUUUGAUUAGCAUAAAUCAUUGAUUCGCAUAUUUAGGAAGGUGUUUUUAUUUGAAGCAAGCUGGAUGUUGUCAUGCGUGUUAAAAUUGUUGUCUAAACAAAUAAACUUAAGGCCCAGUGCAAAAGCUUUCACACGUCAGACAUAUCCCAACUUACAUAUGCAAAGAGGAAAGAGAAAAAGAAAGGGGGAAAUCUUUUUGGUAUUCGAUCGUCUUCUUCUCAACUAUUAAGCAGGUAUAGUGCUGGAUUCAUUAUGGAAGAUCCAAGAAAUUGGGAUGAAGUUGUCUUAGAGAAAGACGAUAAUUUUAAAAUCAAUGAUGCAUUAGAGCAAAUGGUUUGCUUACCUCCAUUUCGACAUAUGAUUCCACCCCAUCACAUUCACCGAAAGUUUUUAGAACCCAGUUUAUGUGUAGUGAUACCAGGGCAGAGUCUCGUAAAUGCUAUAAAGGUCUACCGUCGACGUGCUUAUAAACCUUAUAAGCAAGUUUUUACUGACGGCGCGUACACGAAAGGGAAAAAGGCCACAUUUGCUGCUGUAGCUAUAGAUGAAAAUGGAGAGUGUGACGGUGUUACGUAUGGCAGGACUGAAGAGAUAACACCUCGCUGUCUAAUUCACGAGCUAAUAGGUUCUAAAAACGGCCUCGAACUGGCACGGGAAGUUUCCUAUGAGUAUUUGGAUCUACUAAUGGACAGUGUUCAGGCAAAGGACUUGAUACAAGAGGUCAUUAAAGCUGGCCCCAUAAACAAGGAAGCUCUUGUCGCCUUGGAGAAGCAAAAGAUGGCUCAAAUUGCAUUUAAAGGGCUACUGGAAUCUGUAAAAGUAGAACCAAACUGGACGUGGAAGCAGGCUGUGGAAGUAAUUAAAAAGGAUAAAAGAUUUGGAGCCUUGCGAAAUCUGGACCGGCAGUUUGCAUUUUUUGAGUAUAUCAAUGAGAGAAAAAUUGUCAAGGCACGGGAAGAUUUUGUGAAAAUGCUCGAGGAAUCUAAAGACCUUAGAGUAUCCACUAGUUGGCUCAAAGCAAUGCCAAAAUUUAAGGAUGAUAAACGUUGUCAAGAUGUUCCUGAACACAAGCAAGAGGAAAUUUUCGAUGAGUUUAUGUUGGAUCGUACGAAAAAGCUUUCUGAAGACAAGAGCUGGACACAUGUGGUGAGUAAGAAAGGCAAGAAGAUGACGGUGCAGAGAGAGGACAAUGCAAUGAAGUUAUUGCAGAAACAGAAGAUAAAGGCUGAUAUUGAAAGAGUUAAAGCUGAAGUUUUGGGUCAAAUCAGAGACCUAAUCUUUACUCAUUGGGUAAAGGAUGGUGUUGUCAAGAUUGUGGUACAUUCUGUACCUCGUGAAGGGAAUUUCCUUUCUGAUACUCUUACGCAUGUUCCGAUGGAUUUCAACCACUAUCGACCAGUUAUUAAGCUGAGGACCGAUCCCGGCUUCCCCACUGACUUAAUUUGCUAUUUUCUCUACCGUAAUUUGUUUUCUUACUACAUUCGGUACUUUGAAGACUACAAGUUCGUUCGAGACAAGAAAGCCGCUUUAAAAGACAACGAGGAAAGCGACUGAAGCUUGGGAACAAUUACAGGUCUGCUCAUUCUCCAACACAAAGCGCAACUGGUUUUUCAGCAAUUGCUCUAUUGAGGAUUACUUUAUGGGAGCCCAACAGCGUACUUGAUCACAGUAUCCCACCCAGCAGCAACAAUUAAUCAACUGAUCGACUCCUACCAAGUCGGGUUUCUAGCAACAAAGCUUAAUUUCAGUUUUUAGGUGGCUGGCGGACCAUCCCUAACUGUCUACUUUAAAUACUUUAUGUUAGUAGUUUUGCCUGCAAUUUGCUCGUUUAUCUUUAAGAUUUACCUGUAAGUGCUGUAGUAGAAGCACAUACUCGUAGGUUUUUGAACACAGACUCCUGAAUCUGAUAACGGGGAGUCAUAGUCUUUUUGAACUUUUA